AUGAGCUACGGUCCCCUGUUCUGGCUCGUCAAACUUUCCCUCUUUGUCCUCUUCAUCCAAAUCUUCCGCCCCUUCAGAUGGGUCCGCUAUUGUUGCUGGAUUGGCGCCGUCGUUACUGGACUCUUUUACUUCGCGAAGCUUAUCGUCUAUGCCAGCUUAUGUCUCCCAAGUGUACAUGGCGACCAUACUGCUCUUGGAUACGUCAAGGCAUGGGCCUCGCCUCAGUGCAAGAACUUAACAGAGCUUAUGCUAGCCACGGGUGCUGUCAAUGUCGUGAGCGAUCUCUAUCUCAUGAUUUUGCCAUUACCUGCUGUAUGGCAACUGAAUUUGCCAAGGAAACGCAAGAUAGGCAUAUCGUUCAUGUUCCUUACGGGAGCUGUCAACGUCGAGAUUACAGCCGGCAUAGCCGUCUCCUGCAUGCCCGCGACCGCCGCGGUAUUCAACCACUUCAAACCCACGAUCCGCAGCCUCCUCUCCUCCACCGCCUCCUCCCUCGGUCUGAAACGCUCCUCUGUGCGAUGUACGCUCACCUCGCUCACCCCGCGCCGUUUCCACACCGGGACGAAUGGGGCCAAGGCGGGGUGUCCUAAGUUACCUAGUGUGUGUCAAUCAGCGCGACCGUUUGUGGUGGAUGGGCUUGCGAGUGAGGAGGGCAGAGGUGAUUGGAGGGAAUUGGCGAAGAUUGGAGAGGGGAAGGCGAUGGGUCAGGAUCGUGGACUGGUGGUUAUUGAGGUUGAGAAGGUUGGUGAAAGGGAUGCUGAUGGGGGUGAUAGCGUAUGA